GACAGAUCACAUCCGGGUUAAAGGUUGUAAUCAUGGAACGUUUGAUUCCUCAAGCCAUUUCCGCGUUGUUAGCAUAUUAGCAUUAAGCUCCCUGCUCUCUGGAAAGUAGUUGAUUUCUGCAAUUUUAUUCCCAUCCUGACCGUUGUUCUCAACACAGGCGUCUUUUGGACAACAGGAGAAAAGCGUUGGAGGUCUUCUGGGCAGAGAGUGUCCGACGGAGAGGAGAGUCUCAUCCAGAUGUUGUCUGUGUGGUGUGGAACUGUCGGUCAGUUUGUGGACUGGGGCUCGAUGAGCUGAUGAGUCAAAAAGGAAACUGAAACUAUUUGCUGCAUUUUGACAGAGGGUGUCAGUUCUGGUGCAGGGUUGUUGAACGGUUAAUGCACAGAGUAAAGAGGCUGAAAACUGAAGACAAAUCAGAAGACGACAAGGACAGCGUCACAGAGACACUGGCAGGCAUGACGGGGGUGGACGAGCUCUCAGACAGCACAGAGGUGGUGGAGAUGGAGGACGUGAAUCCCACCCAGUUCCAGGUGGAGAAGCAUACUUGGGACGGCCUGCGGAAGAUCAUCCACAACAGCCGCAAGCACACAGGCGUAGUCAUCAACAAGGCGCCACACGACUUCCAGUUCAUCCAGAAGGAUGAGACCAGUCCGCACUCCCACCGCAUCUACUACCUUGGAAUGCCUUACGCCAGUAGGGAAAAUGCUUUACUCUACUCAGACAUUCCCAAGAAGAUCCGCAAAGAUGCCCUGUUGGUUUUGUCGUGGAAACAGGUGCUGGAUCACUUCCAGGCCAGCCCUCACCAUGGGGGCCUCUCCCGGGAGGAGGAGCUGCUGAGAGAGAGGAAACGUUUGGGGGUGUCAGGCAUCACCUCCUACGACUACCACCGAGCCAGCGGCCUCUUCCUGUUCCAGGCCAACAGCAGUCUGUACUACUGCCGUGAUGGUGGGAACAACAGCUUCAUUACUUCUCCUAUGGAGCCUCUCGAGAUUAAGAGCCAGAGUUCAGGCACACGCAUGGACCCAAAGAUCUGCCCCGGGGACCCCAACUUUAUCGGCUUCAUCAACAACAACGACAUUUGGGUGACCAGCAUUCAGACAAAUGAAGAGAGGAGGCUCACCUUCUGCCAUAAAGGUAUUGAUAACCCAAAGGAGGACACCAAAUCUGCCGGUGUAGCUACUUUUGUCACACAGGAAGAGUUUGACCGCUUCACUGGAUACUGGUGGUCGCCUGCUGCUCGUGAGGAAUCAGAUGGCGGAAAGACUCUGCAGAUUCUGUACGAGGAGGUGGACGAGUCUGAGGUCGAGAUCAUUCACGUUCCAUCUCCAGCUUUGGAAGAGCGCAAGACAGACAUCUACAGAUACCCACGCGCAGGCAGCAAGAAUCCGGAUAUCACUCUCAAAAUAGCAGAAAUAAGGACAGAUAAUCUUGGCAAAAUUGUCAGCACACAGGACAAGGAGUUGCCUUUUCCUUUCAGCAGCCUAUUUCCUGAGGCCGAAUAUAUCACCAGAGCCGGUUGGACCAAAGACGGCAGAUUUGCGUGGGCGGUCAUGAUGGACAGAAGGCAGCAGCACCUCCAGUUAGUCCUGCUGCCUCCAGAGCUCUUCAUUCCAGUACCUAAAGACAAGGCCAGCAGGCAGCAGAGCCUGGAGGCUCUCGGAGAUGCCGUUCAGCCCUUCAUCAUCUACCAGGAAACCAGCGAUAUCUGGAUUAAUGUACACGACAUCUUCCAUCCAUUCAUCCAAACCAGUGAUGAUGAGAUCACAUUCAUCACAGUGAAUGAAUCAAAAACAGGUUUCUGUCACCUGUAUAAGAUCACCUCGGUGUUACAGCGGGGCAGCUACAACUGGGCCAAAGGAUACAGUCACUCUAAUGAUGAUUUCAAAUGUCCAGUCAAAGAGGAGGUGACAGUAACCAGUGGGGACUGGGAGGUGCUGGCCAAUCAUGGAGCAAAGCGUUCAUCCAGUCCUCAGAUUUGGGUGGACGAGGCAAAAAAGUUGGUUUACUUCCAGGGAACCAAAGACUCUCCUCUGGAGCAUCACCUCUAUGUAGUAAGCUACGACUCGCCGGGUGAAAUCGUCCGACUCACCAAACCUGGCUUCUCCCACAGCUGCUCUGUGAGCCAGACCUUUGACAUGUUCAUCAGCCAUUACAGCAGUUUGACCACGUCUCCCUGUGUUCACAUCUACAAGCUGAAUGGCUCUGACGAUGACCCGCUGCACAAAGAGCCUCAGUUCUGGGCGAGCAUGAUGGAGUCUUCUGGCUUUCCCUUUGACUCCACUCCUCCAGAGAUUUUUAGCUUCACAGGGAAGUCGGGCUUCGAUCUGUAUGGCAUGUUGUACAAACCACAGAACCUGGUCCCCGGCAGGAAGCAUCCCACCGUCGUCUUUGUCUAUGGUGGUCCGCAGGUCCAGUUAGUGAAUAACUCUUAUAAAGGUGUGAAGUACCUGCGGCUGAGCACUCUGGCGUCUCUGGGCUACGUUGUGCUGGUCAUCGAUGGGCGGGGUUCCUGUCAGCGAGGACUCAAGUUUGAAGGAGCUGUGAAAGACAAAAUGGGUCAGGUGGAGAUUGACGACCAGGUGGAGGGUUUGCACUACGUAGCUGACAAGUACAAGUUCGUGGACCUGAGUCGUGUUGCAAUCCACGGCUGGUCGUAUGGAGGUUUCCUGUCUCUUAUGGGCCUCAUCCACAAACCCGACAUCUUCAAGGUUGCCAUUGCAGGAGCUCCAGUGACGUUGUGGAUGGCCUAUGACACAGGCUACACAGAGCGAUACUUAGACACACCUGAGAAAAACCAGAAGGGAUACGAGGCUUGUUCUGUCGCGCUGCAUGUCGACAAACUCCCCAACGAGCCCAACAGAUUGCUCAUCCUGCACGGGUUUCUAGAUGAGAAUGUGCACUUUUUCCACACCAACUUCCUCGUGUCUCAACUCAUCCGGGCAGGGAAGCCGUACAGCCUGCAGGUUUAUCCCAACGAGCGACACAGCAUCCGGUGUCCAGAGUCCGGAGAGCAUUACGAGAUUACACUGCUGCACUUCCUCCAGCAGAACCUCUGAUAAGCCUUUCUACACACUGACCUUCCCUUUCCUUGCUUCCUUGCUUCCUUCCCUCGUCUCCCUGCCUCGUCCAUUUAUUUAAACCUGCAAUUAUUCUCUUUCACUUGAUUUUAUGAUGUGUUAAAUUCAAGCUAUGCCAAACCUUAUCACACCUCAAGAGUUGUUGUCAGUUUUACAGGUGCAAAAGCAUUUCAGCAUCAAUCGAUCGUCACAUGGUUCACACUUUAGGCCUGAAUUAGACCAUCAAUGAACAAAGUCUGUGUUUUGCAGUAGAGGGAAAUCUGCAGAUUUCUCUGUGCCCCUGACAGCAGAGGGCACUGUUCAUUCAGAACAGACUGAUGCUCUCUUGAGAUGGUGACGAUGGUAGACAGAGUCACGAUGUGAUGACGAUGACGUUCAAAUACUGCUCGUUGCACCGUUUAACACAGAUCAGCAAUGCAAAAAAUACCCAAGUGGACCUGCUGUGCCCAGGAGAUUUCUCUUUUUUUGUUGUUGUGCCGUUUCCUGUUUUUUAUUGAACUCUCACUUUGUUUUUCUGGGAACCGACUGAUAAAAUUUUGUUUCUGUGUCUGUGAAUAAACACUGGAGUGAACUCAGUGAAGCUCUAUGAGAGCAGACGAGAAAGCUCUUAACCCCCUUUGUUGUACACUUGUGCUCUUGUGCUGUCAUAGAUAACUUUAUGUGGUGUGUGGAAAAAAAAAAGUCACAUACCACAUUUUUAUGUGUAUUGGAAAAAAAGGUAUUUUUAUGAUUCUUAUGCAUUCAUAAAUGUUGGAAAUAUGUAGCGACCUGUUGCUGUUUCACUCGCUUGCUUUAAUUUUCCGGGGAGCUUCUUUUUCUUCUGCUGCUGAGGACUUUUGCACAUGUUACAUGUUUGCCUUGGUGCCAACAAACUGACCAAUAAGAUGAUGUUUGACCCAACUGUUGGCGGUCUGAGGUGCCUUGUAAGAGUUUAAGAGUGCCUGCUCAUAUAGUGAAUAUCAGGGAAUCUGUCUGAGGACCUACAACAGUAAAAUGCCUUGUUACAUGUGUGUCUGAUGACCAUCUGUAUCAUGACCUGUACAUGGUGAAAUGUAUUCUCAGAUAUUGAAGAAAUAAAUGGAAGUGAACAAUCUUUUUCAAA